GGCUUGAUCGACUGGCUAUAAAACUGGCGACAGAAUCAACAAGAGAUCAGUUCAGAACAAGAGUUCAACAAGAGCACACACAACAAACCAAAACCAUCAACAUGAAAUUCGCUAUCGCAGUCAUCUUCACUCUGGCCCUCGCCAUGGGAGCUCAGUCCUCGGUGAUUCCUCUGAUCUCUCAGCUGGCUGGCCAUGGUCUGUCCUACACCGCCGUCUCGGGUCCCGCUGUUGCCGCUCCCUGGGUGGCACCCGCUGCCCACUGGCCCGCUGCCGUCUCUGUUGGUGCCUGGCCUUCAGCAGUUGCUGCUCACGCUCCUGCUGUUGUUGCUGCUCACGGUGCUGCUGUUGUGGCUGCCCACGCUCCCGCUGUGGUUGCUGCCCAUGCUGCUCCCGCUGUUGUUGUUGCUCCCGUUGCCCAUGAGGGUGUCUACACCGCCCAGACUCGUGGCGCUGUUCACACAGCUCCUCUGUCUGGCCACAUCCAGUCGGUGGCUUCCAUCAACGCUGCCCCCGCCCCCGGCACCAUCUAAGAAGUUUCUACUCAGGACUCAGGAUUUACGAUAUUGACCAUGGAACUGCCAAAAGCUGAUGCCAAAGGACAUCACAACGAUUUGAUUACCAUACUAUGAAUACGCAUUGAAAUGUUGUAAAUACCCACAUAUCUACAUAUGUUAUAUAAACAGGGCACUCGCACCAGCCAUUCCUAAAAAUUUCCUUUCGACUCGCACUCGCAACUCUGAUAUUUAUUGCAAAAAAAUUAAAACAUUUUCGUAACAAAA